AUGCAAUACCUCAUACUUUGCGCUGCCAUCCUCCUACCUGAGAAUCUUGCUUUUCCAGCACAACUUCAACAAGAAUCACAGAGUAACACAGCCUUUGAGAAUGUAAAGGCAUAUCUUGAUAAAUUCUAUCCAGUUUCUGCACAACCAAAAAGCCUAAGCUUAGAAGACAGAAUUAAAGAAAUGCAGAGGUUCUUCCACCUGACUAUAACUGGAAAAUUAGAUGCAGAAACAGAAGAAAUUAUGAAACAGCCCAGAUGCGGAGUCCCUGAUAUAGCAGGUUACAACACAUUUCCUGGAAAUCCAAGAUGGAAAAAGACACAUUUGACUUACAAGAUUGUCAAUUAUACACCUGAUCUGCCCCAAAAGAAAGUGGAUGAUGCAAUUAGAAGGGCUUUUAUGGUAUGGAGUGAUGUGACUCCACUGAAGUUCCAAAGAGUAUUCAAUAGACAUGCAGACAUUGUGAUUGCAUUCGCACGUCGUGAGCAUGGUGAUGGAUAUCCUUUUGAUGGAAGAGGUAAUACUCUAGCUCAUGCAUUUGCACCUGGAGAAGGACUUGGUGGAGAUGCUCAUUUUGAUGAUGAUGAAAGGUGGUCAGAGUACAACAAAGAAGUUAAUUUGUUCCUUGUUGCUGCUCAUGAAUUUGGCCAUUCUUUGGGACUUGCUCAUUCAAAUGUCCGUCAUGCUCUGAUGUAUCCUAUCUACAAAUAUGUGAACCCAGCAAGCUUCAGACUUUCAGAGGAUGAUAAGCGAGGAAUUCAGAAGUUAUACGGGAGAAAGUCAUCAAACUCUUGAAGAAAGUCCUUCAAAUAGAC